GCUACAGUUGACAGUUCAUCGAGAGCCCAGAACAUGCCCAUGUCUGAAAUCGGAGCAUCCCACGAAAACACGUAACCGCUGCUCCGGCCUGGUCGACACCACCAAACCCCCGAAACCCCAGAGGCCGCCAUCCUGCCGCCGUGCCGCGAAUCCUCGCCCCCAAGACCUCUAAUUCACUUCCAUUCCAAUCGAACUACGGAUCCUCUCCUAAGCAUCAGGAUUGGUGGCAAACCCUAGGCCGAUGAAGCCGAUCCGGCUGCCCGAGCCCCCUGGCAGCGGCAUGGAGACGCCGGAGAUCUUCACCGGCGGCAGCGCCAACGUCGUCCACCGCGCCGUCGUCAUCAGCAAUAGCUCCCCCAGCGCCGAGAGCCAGUGUGUCGGCCUCGUCCGCGCCCUCGGCCUCGCCGACCACCUCACCCUCUACCGCGUCACAAGGCCAAGUGGGGGGAUCAACGAGUGGCUGCACUUCCUCCCAAUUUCCAUGCACAAGUUAAUAGACCAAGUGCUCAGGCAUUUCUUCCGCAACACGAGGUUUGCACUGCUGGUUCAGGGGAGGAAGCCAUAUCACGUCCUGAAUGGUGGAUACGUUGGGUUGUCUUCUGUUCUGGAGGUGGACACCAAGAAGAUUGUGGCCACCGCUCGUGAUACAUUCGACAAGGAAGGCCCAACGUUAGUUGUUGCUUGUGGUUGGGAUACCAUAUCAUACUCAAGUUCGAUAAGGCAUUUGGCUUCUGAUAAUGCGUUCGUCAUCCAGAUACAGCACCCCAGGUCCCGUCUUGAUAGGUUUGAUUUAGUGGUGACUCCUCGUCAUGAUUAUUAUGCUUUAACUGCAAGUGGGCAGCAAGAAAUUCCACGCCUGUUCCGUAGAUGGAUUACUCCACAAGAACCGCCUGGGAGGAAUGUGGUACUUACUGUUGGCGCACUGCACCAAGCUGAUUCUGCUGUGCUACGUCUUGCUGCUAUAGCCUGGCAUGAUGAACUUGCCCCUUUACCUAAGCCAUUGCUGGUUGUCAACAUUGGAGGACCCACAAGGAACUGUAAGUAUGGUGUUGACCUUGCCAGGCAGCUCAUAACUUCGCUGUACAAUGUACUAGAUAGCUGUGGGAGUGUCAAAAUUUCAUUCUCUAGGAGAACACCACAAAAGGUCUCUGAUGUUAUAUUGAAAGAGUUUGCUGAACAUCCGAAGAUCUAUAUUUGGGAUGGAGAAGAACCUAAUCCGCACAUGGGCCAUCUUGCUUGGGCUGAUGCUUUUGUUGUAACAGCAGACUCCAUAAGUAUGCUAAGUGAGGCGUGUAGCACAGGGAAGCCUGUUUACGUUAUUGGGACCGAGCAUUGUAAAUGGAAGUUUUCAGCUUUCCACAAGACCCUACGGGAGCGAGGGGUUGUCCGACCUUUCACUGGAUUGGAAGAUAUUUCAAAUAGCUGGAGCUACCCUCCCUUAAAUGAUGCUAUUGAAGUAGCUACACGUGUUCGUGAGGUGAUUGCCGAACGAGGGUGGACAGUGGGAUGAUAGUGAUCAUAAGUAGGACAUGUGUAUUAUUCUGUGUCAGCUUCUCUUCUGAUAUUAUACAGCAAAUUAUCCAGUCCGAUUAACAGCGUCACAUGGAUUGAGGAUGAAGAAUAAUAUAGCCAUGGAAUGGCCUGCACACAAGCUUAGUUUUUGAUGGUACUAUACCCCAUUUUUGAGCGAUCGCACAGUUCCCAGGAAAUGUUUUUGUUUUGUCACCCUCUUAUCUGCCUCUUUAUGCACGUCUGACCCUAACGAAAGGACCCAACUGAAUUUGAAGUGAAACUUCAAUGUGUAUGGUUCUCAGGAUCAAUAGGAUGCUGUAAAUUAUGUGUACGAUUCUCAGGUCUAUAUGAUACUGUUUUAUUGUUCAAAUUAUGCGAUGUGUCAAGUGUUCUGAUUGUUACGAAAAUGAAUACUUUGUAUAAACUGAGGUGUUGUGUAGUUGGUAUUUGUGCC